UGGAAUCGAUUUGCAUCAAAGGGUUUUUUUUUUUUUUUGCUUACCGUGGUACGUGCCUCUACGUUUGAUUUGAAAACACGAAACCCGUCGUUGCUUGCGGCGUAUGAGCAAAUGACAGACAUUCAAAAUAAAUCGUUUGGCGACGUCAGUUUCUUUUCUUUUUUCUUUUUUUUUUCGCCGUAGAUUUGGGUGCAUUUAGUCCUCGGUAGGUCGUCGUAUAUUAAAUGGAAUUCAGUGAUGUAUUCCCAGUGCUCAGAACCCGCUGCAGCCUAAACGUCCGGCAUUUCAUCACUGCACUCCCGCUUCGUGCGCUAUUUUAGCUUCAUAAAAGCAUUAGGUCUUUGCCCUCACCCACAGGCAUUCGCUAGUGCCAUGUACCAUUUGUGAAAAAUGUGUUUCUCUGGCUGGAGGGCGGAAGCUGCCUUCUCUUCAGGACAGGCCGAACGCAGCUGCGUCUUCGCUUUAUACGUGUAAACAAUAGCCUACAACAAUAGGUGACUCGAAUAUCGUUGAAGUGAAUCUCGCAGUACACAACAGGCAACCUCUGUACACGCAUAAGAUCUGCGCCGGUUCUCCUGUGCAUGGGUUACCCCUCGCUGACGCUGUACCCCAGGAGCUGCAGGCAAUCAAAGCUCGGGUGCUGGAGAUGGAGGAGGAGGCCGAGAAGCUGCGGGAGGUGCAGUACGACCCGGAGCAACAGCUCAUCUGCAGCCCCCAGGCUGGGCUGUUCUACACAAUGACACAUGAGGAGAGAAUAGAUGCUGACAACAGAUCCGUCUACGUGGGCAACGUGGACUACGGGGCGACUGCAGAUGAGCUGGAAAUCCACUUUAACGGCUGCGGGCCAGUCAACCGAGUGACCAUCCUGUGUGACAAGUUCACUGGCCAUCCUAAAGGAUUUGCGUACAUCGAGUUUUCGGACAGGGACUCCGUCAGGACAGCCAUGACCCUGGAUGAGACCCUCUUCAGGGGCAGGGUCAUCAAGGUCCUGCCCAAGAGGACGAACAUGCCCGGCAUCAGCACGACCGACCGGGGGAGCCACAGAGGGGGCCGGGCCCGUGGGCGGGGCUUCCGCGCGUCCAGGUUCAACGGCUUCCGGGGCCGCUACCGCUGCCGCACCUCCCGGUCGACCCUGCCGCGCCCCUACGCCCCCCUGCCGGGAAAGAGGCCCUGGGGGGCCGCGGAGCACCGGGACCAGGGGGCCAAACGGCACUCCUGCCUCCUGCUCAUAACCCCGCCCUCCGACGACUCUGGACCUGGCCCGAGCAGGAACCAGCACCCGUAGCGCCCGUCCUCCGACCCCCGACCCCCGACGCC